AAUGUUUUAGAAGGAAAAGAAGAGGUGAAAACUUUGCCGCACGCCAAGGCGUCCAAUGAAGAAGAAGAUGAUUUCUACAGGAAGAAAUCCGUCAAUUCCUCAAGAAAUCAUCUAUGAAAUAUUCUCAUGGCUUCCUGUUAAAUCUUGAAUGCGUUUCAAGUGCGUUACCAAAUUUUGUAAUUCCCUUGCAUCAGAAUCUGAUUUUUUGAAUAUCCAUGUUCGUCGCUCUAUGACUCGUCCUGGUGGAACAGAGUUCUUUUCGCAGGAAACGAGACCAGUUUUUUACACUACUGAACAAAUAGAAGAUGGAAGACCCUCUGCGUCCCUUCCUCAAAUUAAUGGACUCUAUUACCACGCCCCUGCAUAUUCUGGUUUAGAUUGCGUUAAUGGUUUAUUUUGCUUUUGGGGACCAACAUUUGCUGGACCUGCAGCGAUUUUCAAUCCCAGUACAGGAGAAGUAAGAUUUCUUCCCAACUUGAAGAAUGAUUUUGUUCAGUGUAACUAUGCAUUAGGUUUUGAAUCAGAAGAAAAGAAGUACAAAGUUCUUUUGACAACUAAGCAUGUUCAAGAAGGGUACAAUAAAUAUUGGAUUUUAACUUUAGGCAUAGACAAAUUAUGGAGAGAGAUUAAAAGUAUUUCUCCUCGUGUUCUAUGCAUGCCUGGGGUUUGUAUUAGUGGAGUUAUUUAUCGAUUUGUUUACCAUAAGAGUCAACUUGCUAUAGAUGCAUUUGAUGUUAAAUCUGAAAAAUUUAAAAUUAUUGGAUCGUGGAAAAACUCGCAUGAUUACAAGUUGAUGGAGAUGAAGGGUAAACUAGCAGUCAUGGAUUAUGAAAACACACAUGUGGACACAUCUUCUUGUGGAUUUUAGAACAUAAUCCAACAAAACAAUGGAAGAAUCAUAUCAUUCAAUUCUCAUGUUACGACAUACAGUUUAGUACUAUAUCAUCUUGCACGUCCCGUGAUGGGAAGAUUGUAUUCAUUAUUAACUCAAGGCUGGAAAAUUCUUAUAUGUGUUAUGAUGUCAUGGAAAAGAGAUGGAGAGCCUUAAGUAUCAAGGAACUUCCCAAGGAGAGCUACAUCAAACGCUUUUUAAAUUACAUAGAAAGUCUCUUCCCCUUAAGAAAAUUUGAAAUACCUGUUAUUUUAAACUGGAAAUCAUUUUAACUUGUGUAUUCGAUUUGGAUUAUACGCCUAUGAGAUCCUAGCAUUUAGUGUUAAAUUAGUCUCCCCAUUGCU